UCCCUAUCUCCGUCAUUCCCCUCUUUGGCUUUCUCUCUCCUGUUCUCCCUGUCUAGUAACCCACGUGGCCAAUGUCAACAGGAGAGGCGGGGGUCUUGGCAGACACAUAAAGACAAGUAUGCUGUUGCCGGUGUGGAGCUUUUCAAAAGGUUGGAGUGUUGUCUUACGCCUGCGCUAAAAAUGUGCCUGCCUGCUAAGCGUGACAUGCCAAAAUAAGACCCAGAAAACCCUUGGAGAUAAGGGGAAGUGGGCUGAAGAAAAUGCCCUGAGAGAGACUGAGUAGGAGCAUUGCUUAGGAAACCCACAAGAAACACUCAAGAAACUUUCACAGUGUUGCGUUGCCGUGACUUACGACAGCGUGAGAGAAACUUGCGAAAACCAACUGAACAACAUGCAGGAAGUCAAAACAGAGAAGGGCAAGAGAAAAUCCCCUCAGAACUGUGCUUAGUUUUUCUUCUGAGUCACACACACUCUUCCUGUCUGAGCAAAGGAAAGGGGGAGUGUGCCUCCCUCUUGUCGGUGGUGCAGACAGACAGAUAACCCCAGAGAGCUUGCCGUGUCAGUUUAAAGGGAGUGGGCGGUCCACGGAGCCAUGUCCUGGCCCCGUGUGAAUCCAGUCCAGUGCUUGGGGCCAGCCGUAGAAAUAGUGUUCACUAUUGUGUGCGGCUGAAGGAGAGGAAGAAAAAAAAAAAGGGGGGAAAGAAAACCCAAACCCUUUGUGUGGCGGAGGGACUCUGCAGGAGAGGGGUUUUGCUAUUACUUCAGCUUUGCCAGCAGAGAAGGCAAGGCUCUUCCUCUGACACACACACACACACACACACACGCUCACUGAACGCGCAUACACACACACACACAUACAAAUACAGACCACGCACGUAACUUGUCCGCCCGGCGUGCUGGCUGUCUCUGUGCCAGUUACAUGUGUGUGCCACACAGAGUAGCCAACAGCGACACACCACCAACCGACCGGGCUUCUCCUUCUGAUGAUAAGAGUCGACGUCGACGUCAGAAACUGGCCCAAUGAAUAUUGAUGUUGGAGGAUAGUCUGUUUCAUAGAAGAACAGAAGGAAGCAAGAUGGCGGCCCUUUAGGAUUUGUUAAAGAGGAGAUCCAGACGGUUUGUUGGAAUUUCUACAAAGUGGAGGGACGUGAAAAGAGAACGCACAGAGGGCAGCCCUGUGGAUGGACUCGGAGCAGGCCAGAUGGCAACAGGAAAGGCCAGCCAGGAGACGGAAGAAAGUCCCUUACUAGCACAUCUCGGCGCCAAAACCCAAGACAACCUGAUCACCGCCAGUCACCAAAAUGGCACCCAGUCGCCGGAAGGAGUGCCUCAGCAGAUCAACGGGGUCGGAAACUGGAAUCAUCACAGCAAGGCUGGCACCGGGGGCGUCAACCCAAUGAAGAGACACAGGGAGAACUGCAGCAGCCCUGCUGGAGUGCAGGGACUGUUUGACCAAGACUCUUAUAACAUGAUCAACGGCGAGGAUCUGAAACAUGUGCUCAGCGACCAGGCCUUAACGGGCCUUCACCAGCCCAAGAAACUCCGAGCGGAUUCUGAGAUAAAUGGAGGGGAUGAAGGGAGAGAGAUGUGGGACAAAAAGGACGUCAGUGACAUAAUGGACAAUUUCCCUGAGCUGACAAAGCCUGGGGACUUUGACUGCGAUGAGCCAAAACUGGAUAAGAGGAACCUGAGUAUUACUUAUUCAAAUGGAGGGGAUAUUUUCUCACUAUCUAGGAACAAGCAAAUAACUAACGGUGCUACAAUGAGCCCCAACUCCAUGGAGGGCACACCUGGUGAUCUUCUAGAGAAAACUCUCUCUCGGUAUUACCCCGAACAGGUAUCCAUCGCGUCGCAGGUGGGCACGCCAGCAUCUCAGCCGGAAGCGGGCUUGGUCGACGACAUCAGCUCGCUCACCAACGAACUCCCUGAACUGCCUGAACAAGCCACGACGCAUUCGCCGACCUCUCUUACCUCAGGUUUCCCCGACAUUUCAGCCCAAAUGCCCACCUCAGAGCUGCGGCUGCAGCAGACCGGCAGAUCAGCCCCUGAGGGACAAGGCAGAAAUGGAUAUAUAUCCUCAGCUGCCCCGUAUAUGGUGAAUGGGUAUUCUAACAGUUAUGCUGAAGAGCACCAGCAAACGCAGUCCGUGGACGCCUCCCGGCAACAUCAGACCAGCGCACAGGGCAUGUAUGGGAAGCCCAGCCAGGAGUUUAACCAUCAGAACUCUUUCAUGCCCCCUGUGGAGCAAAGCACUCCCCUGCAGACGGAGGAGGCCGGCGGGUUUAGCCCCAGCCCUUUCCCUAGCCCAGGCGUAGGGAGAAUGGGGCAGAAUGAGGGGAAAGACCAGCAACAGUAUGAUAUUCAGCAGACGGGGAGCUGUGGAGCCGGUUCUAGGGGCUCUCAGGACUCCAUGGGCCUGGCUCCCCUACAAGGCGGCGGGGAGUCCGGAUCACAGCGCUCCCUUCAAAACGGCAUGAUGGAGGACAACAACCAGCAGCAGAAGAGAGUCGGUGCUGAUCCCGGCUGCACUAAUCCCCAGAUGGGCUGGAUAGAUCUGAACUCGCAGGGACGGGGCCAGAUGCUGGAGCCCGAUCAGGCGCAGAGGUUCCAGACGGGCGGGCAGAACUUCGACGUGGGACCCUCGGGAGGGGCCUACCAGCAGCAGAAGCCACGGCCGGCACAGUCGCCUCACCAAGGCCAACACAACACUGCCCCGGAGUGGCAGCAGCAAGCGAAUUCAAAAGGCUCCUCUCACAUGCACCAACGACAACAGCAGUCCCAUCCACAACACAUGGCCCAGCAGCGUUGUCCUCUCCCACCAUCUCAACAGCAGCCUGGGGGCGAGAAUCGUUUUCACACCCCGACGCAGGCAGAGCACCUAUGCGAAGGUGACCCGGACCUAGAGGAGAUACUAUCUUUGCAGCCGCCACAACAUCAGCGCCAUCAACAGCAGCGUCCGCUGUCCCAUCCAUCUCAGUACGAUGGACAGCAGUCGGUAAACACAUCUCAGUCCGAGGACCCCAACCAGGGCCAGAUGGACGGUCAACAGCUCCUGAAUAAACUCAAGUUGGAGGAAUACAUCAGGCUUGAGAAGCAGCUGAAAUCCCCCGGCGGAGGCUACAGAGGCCCGGGUGGUCCAAACCAGCCUGGCCACCAGCAACAGAUCCGGUCCAUGAGUCCGUCUGUGAUGAGAAACAACAGUGGGUUCAGCCCCGCAGAGCCGUCGCAGAGCAACAGCGCACAACAGCCCCAGCAGAUGCCAUGGAGACACAGCAGCAACAACAUGGAGAUAGAGAUGGAGCUGGAGAUGAAGCAGCAGCAGCAACAACAGCAGCAGCAGCGUCAGUACACCCCAAGCCCCCGAUCCAGGCAAUACUCCCACCAGCAGCAGCCCCCCCACCUCCGACAAUCCCCCUCCGACCACAUGGACUUCCCCCUAACCCAGACCCCUCCGCAACCUCACUUACCACAAGGUGCUUUAAACCAGCAGGUGUCUACUCAGCAGCAGCAGAUGUAUCCGAAAAUGGAGCAGAUUCAGCCCGAUUCUUGCGCCCAAUACCAGAGGGGUGGCCCUCCACCCUUGGGGCACGGUGGCCCUCAGGGGGAUUUCCAGAGGCACGCAGCGCUGAGGAUGCAUCUUCUACAGAGGCAGUCGGAACGUGGGUCCCUAUGUCCCCCAAAUCCACAGGGCCCGGGAGAUUUUAAGCACGGCCUCCGGCCCGUCAAGUUGGAGAACGGGCCACGGUUCGAACACCCCCACAAUCUGGGGCCCGGACCGCCACCCCUGAUGCAGCGCCAACAGCAAGGUGGAGAGUUGGGUGUGGGUGGAGUCCAGGUGAAGCAGGAGUAUAACCCCCAGCCUCAGGUGUCGUGCGGAGGCGACCAGAGUCAGAGCAGCUCCCAGCGAAGCAUCCUAGCCACCAUGGAGCAGACGUUGAGGCAGUAUCAGCUCUCGCCCGUCUUUGAGAGAAAGUCCCUCAUCGUCAAGUCCCCGAACAAGGUCAAGGUGGAGCAGUCGGGGGCCGUGACGGUGCUCUCGACCAAUGCAGACCUCAGCAUGGGGGCGGAGGACCUGGGGAUGGGGGGAGGUCCUGCAACUAAUGUGCUGAAAAGAUCCCACCCAGACUACACCCCCAAGAAGGAGCCCAUGCUCCAGAGCUUUAUGGAUUCUCCAAUGAAGCUCCUGGAUACCCCUAUUAAAAACCUUCUGGACACUCCUAUCAAGACCCAGUAUGACAUCCCUUCUUGCCACUGCGUGGAGUCCAUCUCUGAGAAGGAUGAAGGUCCAUAUUACACUCACCUGGGUGCCGGUCCGAAUAUCAAGGUCAUCCGUGAAGUCAUGGAGGCAAGGUCUGGGCUAACUGGCAGUGCCAUCCGAAUUGAAAAAGUGGUGUAUACCGGGAAAGAGGGGAAAAGUACACAGGGAUGCCCCAUAGCAAAAUGGGUGAUCCGGCGUGGUGGUGUUGACGAGAAACUCUUGGUGCUGGUCCGCGAGCGUGAUCGGCACUCAUGCGCAACGGCGUGCAUCGUGGUCGUCAUCCUGAUCUGGGAGGGUAUCCCCACCAGCAUGGCCGACCGGCUAUACAUGGAGCUUAGCGAGACGCUCACCAAACACGGGGCGCUCACCCAGCGCCGAUGUGCCAUCAAUGAAGAGAGGACAUGUGCUUGCCAGGGCCUGGACCCAGAAGCCUGUGGAGCCUCCUUCUCGUUCGGCUGCUCAUGGAGCAUGUACUACAACGGCUGCAAGUUCGCCCGGAGCAAAAUCCCCCGGAAAUUUAAGCUGCUUGGCGAUGACCCGAAAGAGGAGGAAAGGCUGGAGCAGAACCUUCAGAAUCUGGCAACCCUAAUGGCCCCCACAUAUAAAACAUUGGCACCAGAUGCCUACCAAAACCAGGUGGAACAUGAGCAUAGGGCGCCAGACUGCCGCCUGGGAAAGAAGGAUGGGCGACCUUUCUCUGGGGUCACUGCCUGUAUGGACUUCUGCGCCCACGCUCACCGAGACCUCCACAACAUGCAGGGGGGCAGUACUGUGGUGUGCACGCUAACCAGGGAGGACAACCGGCAGAUUGGGAGGAUCCCGGAAGACGAGCAGCUCCACGUGCUCCCGCUGUACAAGGCCUCGGCAACCGACGAAUUUGGCAGCGCGGAGGGCCAGCAGGAGAAGAUCAAGACAGGCGCCAUCCAGGUGCUCAACUCCUUCCGCCGGCAGAUCCGCAUGCUCUCUGAGCCUGCCAAGUCCUGCCGGCAGAAGAAGCUGGAUGCCAAGCGGGCUGCCGCGAACAAGAAUGCCGGGGGACCCGACACGCCUUCAAAAGCGGAGAAAGCCCUGCAGUCCAAGUUGAAAUCUAGUAGCACUUAUGAGAGCAUAACUCAGAGCACUCCUGGGCCAGGCACCAUGGGAGCCACCCCACAACCGCCAGGUCAGCCACCAGGUCACCCUCUCGGCGCACAACUCCAGCACCAGAACACCAUCCAUGCUUACCCUGGCUCUCCCCAUCCAGCCAGCACCUACCCCCGAUUCCCGAACCACCCCGGCCCCUUUCCGAGCACUUCCAAGCCAGGUAGCAUGCAUCCCCAGCCCCAAGCCUCAGCAAGCCCUUACCCCUCCCCUUUGCAAGUACCCACCUCCUACAUGAAUGGGUCGAAUCCAGCUAGCCCUUAUCCCAGCCCCAUUACACCGGGUGGACUCUACCCGGGUUACCAAUGUAACGGGGGCAUGCCCUUAGAAAACUACCAUCCUUACUAUAACUCGAACCCAAAGCACCUGGACAGGUACCAGCAACAGAGGCCAGGAGCACUAUACCCCGACAUGCAGCAGCAGUACGGAGCGCACCAACUCUACGGGGCCAAAUACCCGCCGCGGUACGUUGAGCCUGGUCUACAGGUCAACGGUUACAGUAACUGUAACAGCAUAAGGCCCGGCCUCCACCCCAUGAGCUCCUUUGGCCCUCCCUCGUACGCUCCCAGCGGUGCCCCCGACGCCCAAUACCUGGAUGCCCUCUCCAGGCCACCCUCGGCUCACCACCCGGGGCUAGACUAUGCAGCAGCAAGCAAAGGCAAUCAGUUUGGUGGGUACCCCAACUCCUACCUCACCCAGAGCCACCAAAUGUUUCCCGCGGGUGGUCCCCAGGACCCCUUCCGUAUGCAAGUAAAGACGGAGAUGGGUCUCCAAAGCCCAUGCAUGACUCCGCCUCAACCAGGGUUUCCAGGGAUGCCCAACGGGAACCUCCAGGGCCCCGUGAUCAAGCAGGAGUCCGGGUCUGGCCCACCGACGCCUACCACACCCAAGGAAAAGCCUGCCAUGUGGUCUGACAACGAGCACAACUUCCUGGACCCGGAGAUCGGCGGAGUGGCUGUGGCGCCCAGCCACGGCUCCAUCCUGAUCGAGUGUGCCAAGCGGGAGCUGCAUGCCACCACGCCGCUGAAGAACCCCGAGCGCAACCACCCCGCUCGUAUCUCCCUGGUCUUUUACCAGCACAAGAACAUGAACGAGGCCAAGCACGGCCUGGCUCUGUGGGAGGCCAAGAUGGCCGAGAAGCAACGGGAGAAAGAGGAAGACGCUGAGAGGAACGGAGUCGAAGGCGCCACGGCGACGCCCAGCAAGAGUGGCAAGAAGGGGGUGAAGCGGGAGCAUCAGGAACAGUCCGAGCAGCAGGGCGAGCCACCGUACAAGCGCUUCAUCCAAACCCUGAUGGAGAGAUCUAUGUCUUGCACCACCAACACCUACGUCAGCACGUCGCCCUACGCCUUUACAAAGGUCACGGGGCCCUACAGUUGCUUCAUCUAGAUGUGUGUUCUGUACCGUAGGGCUCACCCUGGAGGAAUGACACUGAUAGCGAAAACUCACGGUGCUAUUCUGACGGUGCUACAUUAAAAGGCCUCGCAACACAGUGGAUCCUUCUUACCUGAAGGUAAGCAACAGCGUCCAGAGAACAAAAAACAUAGGUGGAGGACAAACUUGAUCAAUAGAUUGCUGUACUACAUUAUACAUCAGGUCUGUUGCUCUUGAAAGAUUGGACUUUACUUGUUGCUAGGCAAACCCCCUCUGUUAAGGACAUAUUAUUUAUUAUUUGGUUACUUUUGCAAGAUACACACUGUUCAAAUUUCUCGGGGUGCUUUGCAAGUCCAAUACAGCUGGACUUCUAUAUUUACUGGAAACAAAGUUUCAUCGGUGGCUUUCAUUUUUCUAAUGAAGCAUUUUAACAUUUUAGAGAUAUAAUCUUGACAUACUGUAAAAACAAAACAAAAAAAAACAACACUGAAUUUUGUGGAUACACCACAUUGACGGUGCUACAAGUGAAGCGUGUCUUUAUUAUACAGUUUUGUUUAAAUGCCUUCAUUUUUAACUACAUCAGUUUGUAUGACAAUUUGUCAGUGAAAAAAAUGUUUCUCCAGGCGAUUAAUGUGAAAAAGGAUGAAACUGAAAAUACUGUAUUAUUGAAAAAAUAUUCAGCAAAAUGGUUUUUCUCGAAUCAGUGUUUCUAAAGCACUUUUGAUAUUACAUUUUUUCAUCAGAUUAUUGGUGAAAGAAGUCUGCAAUUACAAAAGACAAAUUAUUUUCUAAACAUUACAUUGAUAAUAGAUUUAUCACAAAACAUGAUUUUAAUCACUGUAGCCUAACUGUACAACAGUAUCAUGCAAAUUGAAUUUCUUACACUAUUUUCUGGUGCUUCUCAGUUUCACAGUUAUGUCCUUUAUACUGUAAAUCGAGCCAUUCUAAAAGGUGCAUUUUUCAACUGAAAAAAAAGCGGAUGGGCAUGUGGUUCUCUCAUUUUUCUUUGUAACGAGUUACUUCGUAAGUUUGUCGUCAACAACCGUUUCAGAGUUCCUGACCGUAGGUUCAUCAAACCAACCCCGGGUCGUGGAUAUAUUGCGUGUUGUCAUGCAAGUGUUGUGUUUUGUGAACAUGCUCCCUACCUUGCUUGCUAGUGUGGGACAUGAAACAGGGUUAGCUCAAUAUCAGUGCCACUGUUUCAAAGGCAGCUGGUUUGCUGUGGGGGUCCUCAAAUAAUUGUAAUCUAGUUGUAUGAUAAAAGGUGAGAUUUGUACAGUAAAUUAAUUAUUCUCUUGAAUUUUACGCUUUAGGGUUUUAGUGCUGUAAAGCAAAGUAAUAUCUCUUUGGGUUUGAACUGUUUUGUUUUUUAUUUCAUAUGGUGCUACUCAACCUGCUAUUGCUAUACAAACAUAUAAUGUGAGACCCCGGGGUCGCUGAGAAGGCUAAUGAAUGAUGAACAGUUUAAAUACCUACUUGUCAUAUACCUCAGAACUAGUUUGGCAAUAGGAUCAUGAUACAAAAGAUGUUUCUAUUUCUUCCUUUGUUGUCGACAUCACUUUCAAAAAUGGUUCCAACUAAAAUCCACCACCCAGGCUGAGUUCAUUGCUUACUACUUUCUUUAUGCUUGAUCUACUAGGAAGUAUUACUUGAACUUUACGCUUUGAUGUAAUAGCAAAAUCAGGGAUAUUUCAACUAAUUUCUGUACGUACACACACACACACACACACACGUACACACACAUACACGUAUGCGCGCGCACACACACACACACACACACAGCCUGUGUUCAUCGAGUUCUCUCAUUCAGGGAUUUGCCCAUGCGUCUUGAAUCCCAAUUAAUUACUUGUACAUACAAUUUAAACUGAAAACUAACUUUUCAACUGAAAACUAACUUUGCAAGCAAAAAAGAUUUAAAUGACAACCUGCAAUUGAUUUUGUACUUAUGUUUUAGCUAGAUUGGUGGUAAACCUUUUUUUAAUUAAAUUUGAAAUAUAAUAUGCACUGAGUUGACUAAAGGGAAAGUAAAGUAUUGGCAAAGUAAAUAGCGAUGCAUUUGAAUUUACUGAGGCGAGACCAGGGCUGUUACGAUGGUAGAUGAGGCAUGUGCGUGCCUGUAUAGUUUAAAAAGCAAAAUUUAUUUAUAACCACUAAACAAUUACAUGAUUAUCUUUUACCCCCUCCCCUUUACAUUUCACUUUAAUGUGACAUUCAGUAUGAUGACGGGUUGAAACUGUUUCCGUUUCAACCCAACCCUUCAUCUAUACUAUUGUUUUCUGAAAGCACUUCCUUUCUAUUUCAGAAAAAAAACUAAUGUAAUAAAAGAUUACAAAACGUUUUAUUUAAGAUAUGAAUUAAGUAGAUUGUAAAUGUGUUUAAAAUAAAUUAUGCCACAUUGUACAUACCAUGUGUUUGUAUUACAGAUAUACAAUUUUGUUGAUUUCUAAUUACACCCUGCUAUUGUUAUAUGUUAAAAGGUGUAGGUUUCUUGUAGUUUUGUCAAAUGUACCCACAGCCCAUGUAUCAGCAAUCCUCAUUUUCUUUCAAAUCUACCUUUAGGUUUUUCCAGAUGCAGGAAGCUCAUGGUUAGCUAACCCAGGAAAAUGUUGUAGAUUGCCACACUCACUGUCAAACAACAGCGAUGUUUACAGUUCUAUAGGUUCCUGUUAGCUAAAAUCACCUAGGAAAUAAUUGUUUUUUUUUGUAAAGGAUAAAACAUUUUUGUAUAAAAAUAAAUGAAUGAAAUGUUGAA